AUGAAACGCUAUUCAAAGAGAAUUUGGCGGCGAGUAAAGGGAGGGGAAGAUGCGAAUACAUCUGUUGUGAAGUGUCCCGGGCCAAAUACUCAACAUUACGAUGUUCAGAAGUCUGGAAAGUCCCCUGAAAUAGAGCAGCAAUCAGGGGAUAUGAAGGUAACCGACCUGUGGCAGAUUGCCUACGAGGAACUGAGUCCAGCGGACAAAGGGGUUCUCGCAGGCAUGCAGCAAAUUGAAAAGCCCUCCAUACAACGUAGCAAGACACUCCAGAUUGUGGAUGAUGUUAUCGAGGCAACAAAGAGGCAGUAUGAAGAGUAUCAAAAAGGAGGACUGAAGAUCAGGAAGGGCGCAGGCAAGGACGAUAUCAACAUUCGAGACGUGGCCCACAAGAUCCUCAACGCUACACUGUCUUUCAGAGGGAUCGCAAAUGUGCUUGUGGCAGGUGAUCAGACUGGCUCGGCAUCAAUUGCCUGGGGAAUUGUGUUGCUAGGAUUGACAAUAACCUACAACCAUCAUCAAAUACGAAAGGCUCAAUUUCAAUCGGCCGAGUUCCUGACGGACGUUUUGACUCGAUGUGCCUUCAUUGAAAAGGAGCACUAUCAUGACAGCCGUUAUGAAACGCAAGACAAGGUUGAGGUUGCCAUCAUCCAAGUCUACAAAGGAAUCCUACGAUAUACAGCGCAAGUCUAUCGGAUGCAACGAUCCAGCGUGGGUGAGAGGUUACUGGAGAGUAUUUUUCCCGUAACCAGCCAUCCGUUGAAAGAGAUUGAAGCAACAAUCAGAAGUGACGAGACAAGGCUGCGUCAAUGGGUCAGGCACGAUGAGCACCUACAGAGUCAAGCCAAAGCAGAAGAGCUGCUCGGGCGCAUAGACGAAUUCAUUCUUCUAUUGAAGGACCUCCAUCGGAAAUUCGAUCUUUACAACCUACCAGAUGCCGAAGGGGCUUCAUUCGACUCAUACCAUAAUCAGCAUGAGGAGGAGUGCCUUUCCGGCACAAGGGAGGAACUUCUUCUGCAAGUAAAUGACUGGGGAUGUUCAUCAGACGGUCCAUGUAUCUUCUGGUUAAACGGAAUGGCUGGUACAGGGAAAUCAACCAUUGCACGAUCUGUAGCUAGGAGGUUUCAAGAUAAGGGCCAGCUAGGAGCGACUUACUUCUUCAAGAGGGGUGAAGGUGACCGUGGUAGUGCAAGGAGAUUCGUCUCAACGAUCACAAGACAACUCAUCAUUGCGGUCCCCAGCCUUGCACCUGGAGUCACGAAGGCCAUUGAAGAUGAUCCGGAUAUUUCAAAGAGAGGAUUCAGAAUCCAAUUCGAGAAGCUCCUUCUCGAGCCGUUGAGUGGCAUGGAUGAAAGCCCAAAUAUGAGAAGACUCGUGAUUGUGGUCGACGCAUUGGACGAGUGUGACGACGAGCAAGACCUACGCCUCUUACUGCGACUCUUUCCUCGUCUUCAAGAAUCGAAGUCUAUUCAGCUACAUGCUUUCAUCACGAGUCGCCCAGAGCUACCCAUACAGCUCGGCUUUCAGGAGGACAGAGUCAAAGAAAAUCACCGGGAUCUUGUUCUCCACCGGAUUCCCCAGCCCGUGAUUGAGCACGAUAUAUCACUAUUCUUAAAGCACAAACUGGACCAAAUUGCUAAGGAGCGUGCGCUACCAGCUGACUGGCCUGGGGAUGUUGAAUUUCAUGCUCUGGUCAAGAUGUCGGUUCCUUUGUUCAUCUUCGCUGCGACGGUGUGCCGUGUUUUUGGAGAUUAUGACUUGGACCCCGUUGAGAGCCUCUCGGAAAUUCUUGAGUACCAGAACGAGGAGUCCAAGCUCGACGGAACUUAUCUUCCGAUACUACACAAACUCUCGACGCACGGUGAAAAACGGCGAAAAAAGAUCGUGGAAGAAUUCCACGAAGUGGUUGGUACUAUUGUUAUUCUGGAAGCUCCACUCUCUGUUCUUUCGCUUUCGGAGCUUCUUGGCAUAUCUACCAGGGCAAUAAGCACUCGACUCAGCCGACUGCAUGCCGUGCUGAAUAUUCCGGAGGACGAGUCUGCGCCAGUGGGCCUUUUGCAUCUAUCGUUUCGAGACUUUCUCCUUGAUCCGACAACCCGAGAAAAGACAGAAUUCUGGGUUGAUGGGGGUCAGGCGCAUCAAGGACUGGCGGGAAAAUGUCUCGACGUUAUGCGACGUCGGCUGAAGAAGAACAUCUGCAAUCUGCCAUAUGAAGGAUUUAAGAGGGUUAAUAUCAGCGAAGAAACCCUUGGGCGCUCUGUCAGCGAUUGUAUACCAAGAGAGCUCGAAUAUUCCUGCAGAUACUGGACACGCCAUAUAGCGCAAUCCAUGGACUCUGCAGCUAUGAUGACGAAUGUCUAUUCAUUUUUGAAGGAGCACUUCCUGCACUGGGCCGAAGUAAUGUGCGUCCUAGGAUAUGCUUUUGAAAUUGUUCGGAACAUUGAGAUGGUAGCGUCACUGAUCAAGGGUGAUGAUAGCUCUGAGCUCUCGGCGUUUCUCUACGAUGCUAAGCGGUUUACCCUGAAAUGUCGACGAAUGUUUGAUCUGGCGCCGCUCCAAUUAUACUGUUCGGGGCUAAUGUUUGCACCGAUUGAGUCAAUCAUCCGAAAGACAUUUGACCUUCCUUCUUGGCUAAGCAGUAUGCCGGAAGUUGAAAAGUUUUGGAACGCGGAAUUGGAAACAAUUGAGGGACAUAAAGGUUCACCUGUUCGGACAGUAACCUUUUCUCCAAACGGUCGAUUGUUGGCGUCCGGUGCCGGCGAUCGCACAAUCAAGCUGUGGGACACAGCGACCGGUACACUGCAGCACAACCUCGUGGGGCACCGUAAUUCGGUUCUAUCAGUAGCAUUCGCACCAGAUGGCCAGUGGCUUGCAUCCGGCUCAGAAGACAAGACCAUCAAACUCUGGAACCUGGUGACCGAAACACUGAGGACGCUGGAAGGCCAUGAGGGCCCUGUCUGGUCAGUAGCUAUCUCCGCAGAUGGGCAGUUGCUGGCUUCCAGUUCUGGUGAUAGCACUGUCAAGGUUUGGAAUUCUACGACAGGUUUGCCUAUGACGUUAAAAGGCCAUCGGGGACAUGUUCGGUCAAUAGCCCUCUCCCAGGACGGGCGAUGGCUGGCAUCCGGUUCCGACGACCAAACCAUCAAGAUAUGGGACCCCGCAACUGGCGCUUUAGAACAUACAUUUGAAAGGACGACCCUGGUGGUUGAGUCAGUGGCCUUCUCACCAGAUGGCCGACUGGCAUCCGGUGCUGGUCCUGUCCAAGUCUGGGACCCAGUAAAUCGGGUCCUGCAGCAAACCUUGGGGAGCCUCGAGGAUAGGGCUUGGGCAGUCAAAUUCUCACCAGAUGGUCAGAAGUUAGUAUCAAGCUACUUUUUCGAUAGGACAAUCCGGUUAUGGGACCUAGCAACUGGGACCUUGCAAAGAACCUUCUCAGGCCAUCUCUGGAGUGCCCAAAGUCUGGCAUUCUCACCCAAUGGCCAGCUCAUGGCAUCAUGUUCCGCAGGCAAUCUGAUCAAACUUUGGGACCUAGACACCGCGCCCAAUGAUACAGGGACUGGGCCCCUCGAUCCUACGUCUGAGUCACCACGAGCAAUCUCGCCAGAUGGACGAUGGCUGGCAUCUGUGUCUAAAGGGUUAAAUAUCAGAAUCUGGGAUUUGGACGUCAUGCGCAACAACCAAGCGAUCGAUGCCACGCGGGUGACGGUGAAGGCGCAUGACCACAUAAUUGAGGACAUGGACAUCUCACCGGACGGGAAAUGGCUUGCCUCAGCUGGGACAGACAAUAUCCUCAAGAUCUGGGACCUGGAGAAAAUGAUAGACGAGCAAACAGACAACUGCCUACAGCACACGUGUGCAGGGCAUACGGCCGCGCUUACAGCAGUGACUUUCUCACCAGAUGGACGAUGGUUGGCAACCAGCUCCGAAAAUAGAACUGUCAACAUUUGGAACUCAAGUACUGGCGCCCUGGAGCGGACACUCGAGGGUCAUGAGUGGAUUAUCAGGUCCCUAGCCUAUUCACUAGAUGGGCAAUGGCUAGCAUCAGGCGACCCUAAGGGAACAGUCAUAAUCUGGGACCCGACAUCUGGCAGCGAAGUGCAAAGAAUCGACAGCCAAUGCCCUCUAUCCGCUCUUCGAUUUACUAGAGAUGGACACCACGUGCAAUUGAACAUGGAAAUCCAUGACCUACUACCGUCCCUCUGCAGCGCCCCUGCUGCUGUAGAGCCCGAAAUAGAUAUACAAGUCCAAGAGGACGGGUGGGUCUAUCUCCAAGGGGAUAGCAAGUUUUUGUUGCCACCAAACUUCCGUGGGAAUGUGGCCAUCCAUGGUAAAACUAUGGCUGUAGCCUAUAGACCUCUGGGGUUCCAAGGGGCAAAGAUUGGUUUAUUUGGAUUUCGUUCGUAA